CUAUGUUAAAAGCUGAAGUGGUUGAUAAACUUAAUGUCGAAUUUGGAAAUGUUGAUGCUUGGGAAAGUAUUGGAUCUGAACUUGUUAGUGGUUAUGUAACUGAAUUAGGUGUUUUAGGAAUUGAUCGAGUUAAACAAAUGUCAGAGACAUUAAGUAAAUUAGAUAAGUUGAUUUGGAAUGAUGAAGAUGAGUCAGAAGAAGAGAAAGAAGAAGAAGGGAUCAUCAAGAAUAUUAGGUUGGAAGAUAUGUGAGAUCUGAAAGGUUUUGGUUGUGGGGUUUUUUUUUCUGGGUACUUACAAUCUGAAAAACUGUAGUAAAAGAUUUUUGAAAUGGUACAUCAGUUAGAUUUCAUUUUGGUUUGUUGUUGAUUUGUUUCUAUACUUGGGGUUUGUUUCUAGAUAAAAUGCAUAUAUCAUCAUAUAACCAGACAUCAAUGUAAUUUUGAUAUGUCAAUUUUGUCUUUUGCAUUUUCAGGAUUUUAUCAUAUUGUGAAACUUGGAGUUCCUACUCAUCUAGAAGAUCUAUAGAAAAUCCAAUACAGAGAAAGUUUUCAGCU